AUGGAUUUUUCUCCUGGCGGAGCCACUCGGAUUCCGCAGACUGUCAUCGACUUGGGUGCCGUGCCUAAUAUAGAUAAUUUUGGUUUUUAUGAUUCUGGUGGUUAUGAGACGGCUACUGCUGGAACUCAUCAGUACCCUUCAGGCUAUGAUACCGGUGCAUCGGCGCUACCUUCUGGCAACAUUUCGACUCAUACAUAUUCAAAAGCUCAGUUAGGAGCUGCCGGAAGACUGCUGGAGAGUCGUGGUUUUGGAUGGCUUCUUGAAGUGGAAGAUGAUUACGAUACACAGACACCACUGUUAGAGGAGCUGGAUAUCGAUCUGACCGAUAUCUACUACAAAAUUCGAUGUGUAUUAUUGCCUCUUCCCUACUUUCGGAUGAAACUGAAUAUUGUGCGGGAAUCGCCAGAUUUCUGGGGACCCCUAAUGGUCGUGCUUGCGUUUGCUCUGCUAUCGAUCUACGGCCAAUUUAGUGUUGUGUCAUGGAUUUUGACAAUGUGGUUCUGCGGCGGAUUCAUCGUUUAUUUCAUAGCUCGAGCUCUUGGAGGAGAUGUAGGAUAUUCACAGGUGCUUGGAGUUGUCGGUUAUUGCUUGAUCCCUCUGGUAGUCACUGGUUUCUUGAUGACUAUAGUGACGAGAUUCAAAAUGCUAUCAUUGGCCCUUGGCAUUUUCGGGGUUGGAUGGAGCGUCUACAGUGCAGGCACAUUGCUGUGCGUCGAUGAGUUGCAAACCAAGAAACCACUUCUUCUCUAUCCAGUAUUUUUGUUAUAUGUCUAUUUUUUCUCUUUGUACUCUGGUGUCUGA